AUGGCGUUCAACUUCAACUGGUCGCCCCUCGCGGCCGACGCCAGCUUCUACCAGCGCGCCCGCGAGAUGCUGACGACGGCGCUCAACAAGUCGCCCAAGCCGCCGAUUAUCGUCGACGACAUUAUUGUCACCGAGUUCAACCUGGGCUCCGUCCCGCCAGAUCUGGAAAUCCUCGAGAUUGGCGAUAUUGCCGCCGACCGCUUCCGGGGCAUCUUCAAGAUGUGCUACGCGGGCGACGCUUUCUUGACCCUCAAAACACGCGUCCAGGCCAAUCCACUCAACACCUACCUCUCCUCGAAACCGUCCUUCACAUCACCAGAUCCCCUCGCCGCCGCGUCCGGCCUCACCAUCCCACUCCAAAUCACCCUGUCCGAAAUCAAACUCUCCGCUUUUAUUAUUGUUGUUUUCUCUAAGCAAAAGGGUCUCACAUUGGUCUUCCGCAAUGACCCCCUUGAGUCUCUCAAGGUCUCUUCGACCUUCGACUCCAUCCAGUUCGUUAGGGACUACCUGCAACGGACAAUCGAGGGCAAGCUGCGGGACCUGAUGAUGGACGAGCUUCCCGCCAUCAUCCACCGCCUAUCGCUGCAGCUCUGGUCCCCCGACCAGGUACCAAAGGACGAAGAUGCCACUGCCAAUGCCGAGGACGACGAUGGCGAGAUGCGCGUGAACCCCCUGGCCGAUGCACCCUCAGAUGCCGUCGACAUCAACGGCAACCUCGUCGACGCUGGCGAGAUCCCGUCCCUCUCCACCACUGGCAGCCCCGAGUCUCAGUCCCUGUUCUCCCAGAAGAACUUGCUACGCCUCGCCGCCCUCACCGACUCACACCGCACGUUGUCCUUGUUCACGCCGGGCAUUCGGGAAGUCGUCUUCCGCGCAUGGGCUGGCCCCUCGGACCGCCAAGACACGCCCACCGGCGGCAACAACAGCCCACCCUUUGCCACACCGUCACUGUCGCGCGGCAACUCGUUCACUGCAGCUGCCACGAACACGACUGCAUCGACAACCACGUAUACCUUCUCCGAUACCGGUAGCCAGGUCCACGGCCACCUGCCAUCACGGCCAUCGAUGGUCAACCUUAGCUCUGCAACAACCGGCCUUUCUCUCGGCUCCAACAGCCAGAGGCAUCCCAAGUCGUACGGCAACGGACGCCGAAAGAAGACGCGCGUCGUGAACCUGCGCAAGAGCAGCAGCGGCAGCAGCACCAAGGAUAUCAUUGCAGGCAGCGCACCUGUCAGUGAAGCCGGUGACACGGCAUCGGAUAGCGUGUCUGUCCAGGGCCCGCUGUCGGAGCCGAUUAUGCCUACUUCCAUCCCUGAAGAAGACGAGGCCCAGGACAUGCUCCAGACGCCGCCACGACCUCUCUCACCGCAAGAGCCACUGAGCAACAUCGGCGCAGCACUUGCCGCUGCCAGUAUUGCCCCUGGAGUCCACUUCCAAGAGAACACAGAGAAGAAUGCAGCCGAGAGCGCACUCCCGGCGUCUCGGCCGCAGCAGAAGCGCCGGGAAGUAAACCGCGCCGGUGUUCCUACCACACCGAUUGGGGGCAUUUUUGAGCCGAGAACAGCCGGACCCUUCUCUCCGUCCAAAGAAUCCGCACCUGCAGUCUCCUCGCCCUUGGCAGGGACUCCUAUGACACCGCCAUCCGCGGCUUUUCAGGACUCGUCGCCAGUCAUGGAAAAGGACUGGAUCAUGAAGAUGGCAAGCGAAAUCGCUCGCCGCGUGUACGACGAGAACCGAAAAAACCCUGCCUUCUGGGACGACCGGGACGACGCCCCUCCACCAGCAUAUGAGGCCACGAGAUAA